AUGGCCUCGGCAUUCAGAAGAUUUCUCAAUAGCGAGACGGGACCUAAGACGUGGAUACGCGGAAGCGAGACCUUUGUGAUUCUCGCUUUUCCGAUCGCGUUACUAACAACACAGUGGAGUUUGGUUUUUGCAGGCGCCAACGAAAUGGUGAGGCCUGUCGAAAAAAUAUCGGGAAGCCAGCAGCUUGCGCUGUUGGCCACCGGCGCCAUCUGGACGAGAUGGUCGUUUCUGAUUCGCCCACGAAAUAUGCUGCUGGCAUCGGUUAAUUUCCUGCUUGCUACGGUCGCCGGAUACCAGGUGGUCCGGCUCUAUAACUGGAGAAGGACACUGGGCGACUCACCGCUGGAUUCCGUGAAGUACAUCGUCAACGGAGCGCCAGAGACCAGCAGCACUACACCGGAGAAGACAGAAGCUUAG